AUGGCCUGGCCCGAUUCCCGCGAAGAAGCACAAAGAAACGUGGAAUUAUCAGGAAUAGUACACGGCGACCUCCAUCAAGGCAACAUACUCCUCGGGGAGCCUCCUGACGAUGACGAACAUACAAUUACACCAAUACUAAAGCUUAUCGACUUUGGUGGCACAGAGCAAUACCCCCCAUCUGAGGAUGCAGACAAUCAAAAUAUCUAUGACAUUGGGCGAAUAAUGCUCGGACUUAUUAACCUAAACCGUGGACGCGACGCAGGGAGCGAAGAAUCUCUUUAUACGUGGGGUGGGAGGAGAUAUAGAACCGAAGCCACCGCCCUCGUCCCAACCCCAACGGACGUUGAUCAUGCGCUGUGCACCGUAGUCUGCGCUUGCAUGGCGGAAAAUCCUAAUCACCGCCCUCCUUUACACAUUUUGCUUCGGUUUGGAUUAAGAGGUUUGGAUUAA